AGUAAAUAUUACGGUUUAAUUUUAUACAAGAUAUAACAUAGUAGUUUUCAUUCCAACAGGGUGAUAUGAUAAUAAAACUUUUAGCGCUUGAUAAAUGGGCUCGUCUAGUAAAAAUUAUAUUUAAAAAUGGCGGUCCAAUUAACUCAAUUUUCAAAUUGUGGCGGACAGAUACCCUAAAAGACGGCAAGUUCGUAGGAUAUGAUAGUUACGGAAAUAAAUAUUAUGAGAACCCAAACUACAUGCUCGGGCGUAGUCGCUGGGUCGAGUAUAACCCUAAUGUAAAGUGGGACUACGAUGCUAGUCAGGUGACCGCAGAGUGGUUCGGCUGGUUGCAUUACAAAACAGAUCAGGUGCCAUGUGAGGACUGCGCUAAGUAUUGCCUCAUGAGCUGUUGUUACGUACAUAAAUGGUUGCUUCCUCACUCGGAGAAUUUUAGUGGAACUGAUCAAGCAUUCUAUCCCUACAGUACUACUAGAAAACGAUUCCAUGUUUGGGACGGUAAAAGUUCAUGUUCGCGUCUAUCAUGUUGAAAAAAAAUUUAAAAAUAAAAAUAAUAAUA